AAGUUCAGAAAGUGAAAGUGAAACAGAUCUAUUCACGAAGCCUACGAUAGGCUGCUUAAAUAGCAGAUCGCAUCGCCUCGGUUGAGAAGUGUUUCUCAGGAUGUCCCGGGUUAACUUUAGCCGCCUCUGUCGUCUUAUUAAAUGGUUAAAGCACGGCGUGUGGCACGUCGCGUGUUUCUCACUGCGCUGUAUCGUUGCAGUCCAUCGUGCUAUCGUCGGGUCCUCUCCUGUGAAUAUAGGAUGGCCUAAAGACCGCGGAAGCACCAGAGACGAGCCUGAAACAAGCAAGAAACUGUCAGAGCGAGUUAUAGAGGAGGGGGUCGAAGCGACAUCUGACCAUGAGUCUGAAAAUGAAGCUGUCGCCGGGGGGGAGAGGCCCGCAGAGACAGAGCCAGAGCCCAGCUCCGAGCAGUAUAGUGAAGACGAUGACGAUGACUUUGACAGCAAAGAGUAUCGAGUUGAGACCACAGAUGAUUUCUACUGUGACUAUGAUUCAAGCUGGGAGAUUGAGGAGACUCAGGAGGAGCCCUUAAAGAGCACCUGGCGACCAGCACGUUCAUCUUCCAAGUUCAGAAGAUUUCAAGCUGCUGCAAUAGACAUGCAGAACUACAGACACAACUACCCUAACCAGAGACAGUCACACCGUUGGAACGAGCCUGAUGCCAAACCUAAUUUGAGUUUCUACCAGGGACACACAGCCACUCUACCUGACAAGGUCUGCAUCAACAAUUUCCAUGAUGACUGGUUUCAGAGAUAUGACAAACUGGAGUAUGUACACACCUAUAUUCAAUGGUUGUUCCCACUGCCAGAGCCAGGCAUGAACUCUGGGGCCACUACACUGACAGUAGAAGAAAUUCAUGAGUUUUGCAAAAGCAACACUGCAAAGGACAAUCUGUUGAAGUCCUACAAGCUCAUGUUGGACUUCUAUGGUAUUCAUUUGUGUGAUGAGACAACAGGAGAAGUCGAGAGAGCGCUAAACUGGAGAGAACGAUUCUUCAACCUCGACUGUAACACUCAUAACAACUUGCGCAUCACCCGCAUCCUGAAGUGCCUGGGUAUCCUGGGGUUCCCUCACUACCAAGCUCCCCUGGUCCACUUCUUCCUGAAGGAGACCCUCUUGAAUGGAGAACUCCCACGUGUCAAGGAAAGUGUACUGAACUACUUUAUGUUUUCUGUCAGGGACAAGAGAGAACGCAGGAGUCUCAUCAAGUUUGCCUUCGACAACCACAAGUGUAAAGAUGAGUUUGUCUGGUGCCCAAAGAAAAUUCAGCUGAUGUGGUUAAGGCGGUCAGAGUCAGAGCUCCAAAAGGGAAUGAACAGAUAUGAGUCUGAACAAUAAAGAUGAAGACAGUAUGAGGAUAAUAUAACUGCCAAAGUAGAAUGCACCAAAUCCAAACCAUAGACUUACUCUUCUACUUAUAGAUCAGGACCAGGGAAAGAAAUGACUUGUGUUUUUGGAGGUUGUCAAUAAAACCACAAACUGGAAUUUCACUGCCAAAUGAACACAAUAGAUAUCAGACUGUUUCCUAAAACUCAACCUUUUUUUUUUGCUUUAUUUCCAAGAAAUGUUUGGAGCUGCUUGGCACCAGCCCAAAGUUAAAAGCAUAAUGCAUAACCAUGUGCAUGAACAAUAGAUUCCAAAGCAGUGGUCAACCAUUUUCAGUAAGCAUCCCAUCAGGUUUGAGUAUUCUUUGUACUUUUCUAGUGUGAACAUAAUCAACUGAAACGGCCUUAACACUAAAAACAUGUCUGAAGCCUGGAGCAAUAGAAGACAGAGCAUAAAGCAGUCGCAACAAAAAUGCUUUCACCUGCAGUCGUUGUUGAUCACAAAGCAUUUAAAGCAGAGAGAAAGAGCUUGUGCUGCAUUAAUGCAGAUGAAAAAAAGAAACCCUAAGGAAAUGUUAAGAGACUUAAAGCAUCAAAGACAGAAGAUGGGAUCAGUUAUCAGAAAUGAUCCUUAAUAUUUACAGUCUGUGGAGUUAUCCUGUGAAGGGGAGGCAGACGCAGAUACUGCACAAGUUGUCACCUCUAAAUUUCCUCAGGAGUUCAUACAAUGGUUCACCGUGCUGUACACAGAGUUAUGCAAAGAUUUGUAUUUCUUUUAAUAACCAGCUUGUUUUGCAUUGGGGAUGAAAGAUGACGGUCUAGACCUGCUCUUUUUGUAAAGUGUCUCGAGUCAACAUUUGUUGUGAAUGUGCCCGAUACAAGAUUGAUAUUAUAAUCGUAUUCUUUGAUUUUUACAAAAACAAGUGUCCUUAUAUUGGUAAAUGUGUUGAAUAAGUGCAACUGUAAAAACCUGGAUUUAUUUUGAAGAUGAAUAAAAUAAAUUGUUUGUGAACUCCA